UCUGCGCUGUUUCCCGCGCGUGUAACCCCUGUUUCCAGGCGUACGGCGCGGCCUUUGGUACCGCGGCCGGCGCCCCUGUCGUCAUGGGUUUCCUGAAACUAAUUGAGAUCGAGAACUUUAAGUCCUACAAGGGGCGACAGAUUAUCGGACCAUUUCAGAGGUUCACCGCCAUCAUUGGACCCAAUGGCUCUGGUAAGUCAAAUCUUAUGGAUGCUAUCAGCUUUGUGUUGGGUGAAAAAACCAGCAACCUGCGGGUAAAGACCUUGAGGGACCUGAUCCAUGGAGCUCCUGUGGGCAAGCCAGCUGCCAACCGGGCCUUUGUCAGCAUGGUCUACUCUGAGGAGGGUGCUGAGGAUCGCACUUUUGCCCGUGUCAUUGUUGGUGGUUCCUCUGAGUACAAGAUCAACAACAAAGUGGUUCAGCUACAUGAAUACAGUGAGGAAUUAGAGAAAUUGGGCAUUCUCAUCAAAGCUCGUAACUUCCUCGUCUUUCAGGGUGCUGUAGAAUCUAUUGCUAUGAAGAAUCCCAAAGAGAGAACAGCUCUGUUUGAAGAGAUCAGUCGUUCUGGGGAACUGGCCCAGGAAUAUGACAAGCGAAAGAAGGAAAUGGUCAAAGCUGAGGAGGACACACAGUUUAAUUAUCAUCGCAAAAAAAACAUCGCAGCUGAACGCAAGGAGGCUAAACAGGAGAAAGAAGAGGCUGACCGCUACCAGCGCCUAAAGGAUGAGGUAGUCCGAGCUCAAGUACAGCUACAGCUUUUUAAGCUUUAUCAUAAUGAAGUAGAAAUCGAGAAGCUCAAUAAGGAACUGGCCUCAAAGAACAAGGAAAUUGAGAAGGACAAGAAACGUAUGGACAAGGUAGAGGAUGAACUGAAGGAGAAGAAGAAGGAGCUAGGCAAAAUGAUGCGGGAGCAGCAGCAGAUUGAGAAAGAGAUCAAGGAGAAGGACUCAGAGCUGAACCAAAAGCGGCCUCAGUACAUCAAAGCCAAGGAAAAUACCUCCCACAAAAUCAAGAAGCUAGAAGCAGCCAAGAAGUCCCUCCAGAAUGCUCAGAAGCAUUAUAAGAAGCGUAAAGGUGACAUGGAUGAACUUGAAAAGGAGAUGCUAUCAGUAGAAAAAGCUCGGCAAGAGUUUGAGGAACGGAUGGAAGAAGAGAGUCAGAGUCAGGGCAGAGAUCUGACACUGGAGGAGAAUCAGGUGAAGAAAUACCACCGGCUGAAAGAAGAGGCAAGCAAGAGAGCAGCAACCCUAGCCCAAGAGCUAGAGAAGUUCAAUCGUGAUCAGAAAGCAGACCAAGACCGGUUAGAUCUGGAAGAGAGGAAGAAAGUGGAGACAGAGGCAAAGAUCAAGCAAAAGUUACGAGAGAUAGAGGAGAAUCAGAAGCGAAUUGAGAAACUAGAGGAAUACAUCACAACUAGCAAGCAGUCCCUGGAGGAGCAGAAGAAGCUAGAGGGGGAGCUCACAGAAGAGGUAGAGAUGGCCAAGCGUCGUAUUGAUGAGAUCAAUAAAGAACUCAACCAGGUAAUGGAGCAACUGGGAGAUGCCCGCAUCGAUCGCCAGGAAAGUAGCCGACAACAACGAAAGGCAGAGAUUAUGGAAAGCAUCAAGCGCCUGUACCCUGGCUCUGUGUAUGGCCGCCUUAUUGACCUCUGCCAACCUACACAAAAGAAGUACCAGAUUGCAGUCACCAAGGUUUUGGGCAAAAAUAUGGAUGCCAUUAUUGUGGACUCAGAGAAGACAGGCCGGGACUGUAUCCAGUAUAUCAAGGAGCAGCGUGGGGAACCUGAGACCUUCUUGCCUCUUGACUACCUGGAGGUGAAACCUACCGAUGAGAAACUACGGGAGCUGAAGGGGGCUAAACUGGUGAUUGAUGUGAUUCGUUAUGAGCCACCUCACAUCAAAAAGGCCCUACAGUAUGCUUGUGGCAAUGCCCUUGUCUGUGACAAUGUAGAAGAUGCACGCCGCAUUGCCUUUGGAGGCCAUCAGCGCCACAAGACAGUGGCGCUAGAUGGGACCCUCUUCCAGAAGUCAGGAGUGAUAUCUGGUGGGGCCAGUGACCUGAAGGCCAAGGCAAGGCGCUGGGAUGAGAAGGCAGUAGACAAAUUGAAAGAAAAGAAAGAGCGGUUGACAGAGGAACUGAAAGAGCAGAUGAAGGCAAAGCGGAAAGAAGCAGAGCUGCGUCAAGUGCAGUCUCAGGCUCAUGGACUGCAGAUGCGGCUCAAGUACUCACAGAGUGACUUAGAACAGACCAAGACAAGACAUCUAGCCCUGAAUUUGCAGGAGAAGUCCAAACUGGAGAGUGAGCUAGCCAACUUUGGGCCUCGCAUCAAUGAUAUCAAGAGGAUCAUUCAGAGCCGAGAGAGGGAAAUGAAAGAUUUGAAGGAGAAGAUGAACCAGGUAGAAGAUGAAGUGUUUGAAGAGUUUUGUCGGGAGAUUGGGGUGCGCAAUAUCCGGGAGUUUGAGGAAGAGAAGGUGAAACGGCAGAAUGAAAUUGCCAAGAAGCGAUUGGAGUUUGAGAAUCAGAAGACUCGCUUGGGUAUCCAGCUGGAUUUUGAAAAGAACCAACUGAAGGAGGACCAGGAUAAAGUACAUAUGUGGGAGCAGACAGUGAAAAAGGAUGAAAAUGAGAUAGAAAAGCUUAAGAAGGAGGAGCAAAGACACAUGAAGAUCAUAGAUGAGACCAUGGCCCAGCUACAGGACCUGAAGAAUCAGCACCUGGCUAAGAAGUCAGAAGUGAAUGACAAGAAUCAUGAGAUGGAGGAGAUUCGUAAGAAGCUAGGGGGUGCUAACAAGGAAAUGACCCAUCUGCAGAAGGAGGUGACAGCCAUUGAGACCAAACUUGAACAGAAGCGCAGUGACCGCCACAACCUGCUGCAGGCCUGCAAGAUGCAGGACAUCAAGUUGCCACUGUCUAAGGGCACAAUGGAUGAUAUUAGUCAGGAAGAGGGUAGCUCCCAGGGAGAGGACUCAGUGAGUGGUUCCCAACGAACAUCGAACAUUUAUGCACGAGAAGCCCUCAUUGAGAUCGAUUAUGGUGACCUGUGUGAAGAUCUAAAGGAUGCCCAGGCUGAGGAGGAGAUCAAGCAGGAGAUGAACACACUACAGCAGAAAUUGAAUGAGCAGCAGAGUGUGCUCCAGCGCAUUGCUGCUCCCAACAUGAAGGCCAUGGAAAAGCUCGAAAGUGUCCGAGACAAGUUCCAGGAGACCUCAGAUGAGUUUGAGGCCGCUCGAAAGCGAGCAAAGAAGGCAAAGCAGGCAUUUGAACAGAUCAAGAAGGAACGCUUUGACCGUUUCAAUGCUUGUUUUGAAUCGGUGGCCACCAACAUUGAUGAGAUCUACAAAGCCCUGUCCCGUAACAGCAGUGCUCAGGCAUUCCUGGGCCCUGAGAACCCUGAAGAGCCCUACUUGGAUGGCAUCAAUUACAAUUGUGUUGCUCCUGGCAAACGCUUCCGGCCUAUGGACAACUUGUCAGGCGGGGAGAAAACAGUGGCGGCUCUGGCCCUACUCUUUGCCAUCCAUAGUGUCAGCUCACUUACUGGUUCCCUCCCAGCUACAAGCCAGCCCCCUUCUUCGUCCUGGAUGAGAUUGAUGCUGCCCUGGAUAACACCAACAUUGGCAAGGUGGCAAAUUACAUCAAGGAGCAGUCGACUUGCAACUUCCAGGCCAUUGUCAUAUCUCUCAAGGAGGAGUUCUACACCAAGGCUGAGAGCCUCAUUGGAGUCUACCCUGAGCAAGGGGACUGUGUGAUCAGCAAAGUCCUGACCUUCGACCUCACCAAGUACCCAGAUGCCAACCCCAACCCCAAUGAGCAGUAGCAGUAGUUUUCCCCUCCUGCCCUGUCUGGAUCCUUAAACUACCCCUCUCCCAGUCUCUGGAUAUUUGACUCCCAGCCUUCCCCGUCUCCUAUCCCUGUUUGGUAUACUAAUGGAAUUUAGGCACUGCUUAUCAAGCAUGAAGAGGAACAGAAGUGAUGUUAGAUCUGGAGCAAAAAAUCCUGAGCUACAGGGAGCAUCCUGACUUCUGGAAGGUGCUGAGCUGAACUGAACUGAACAGGGCCAUCUAACACCCUGCUACACCCCCUCCCCCACCUUUAACCUCUCCCCCAUCUUCCAUAAUCAUGGGUCCCUUUGGGUCCCCUUGCAUUUUGCUUGUGUGUGGGUAUGUAUGUGUGUAUAUGUGUGUGUGCGUGUGUUUGAAAAGUAAUAAAGAUAUUGGAGACCCAUUUUAGAAGGAACCUAGGUGAAUUUGAUUCCAAGAGAGUAUAGUAUGACAAUUCCCCCACAGCUGGGCAAAGGUAUUCAGGAUUUCAUAGGAGGCAGACAGUCAUGUAAAAUCACCCUCAUUUACUCAUUUAUGUACUCAUCAAAUAUACUGAACACCCUGCAUUUUUCAGUCAGUGCUAGAAAUAUAAAACAGAAUCAGUCAUGAUCGCUGGCCUCCUAAGUAGAUUCAGUAUGGGUUGUGAUUAGCUGAAUGCCAUAUGUAUAGAUACUUUGAAUUUGAGAAGAUUACCUCUAGGCUUCCUGGAGAAGGUCACAUUUGAGCUGAACCAUAACAAAUUAGUAGGAUUUGGUUGGGCACUAGGAGCAGAAACUGGGCUCUAGGAACAGGCAGUUGUGGGAUUGAGAUCCAUUCUUACCACUUACUAGCAUUUGACAUUGGGCAAGUUAUUUGACCUUUCUGUGCCUCGGUUUCCUCAUCUACAAAAAUGGGGCUAAUAAUACUACCUACCUCAUAGGAUUUAAUGAUGUCAAACUCCUCACUGGCAGCCUUAUCCCUGCUCAGAACCCAAUAGGGACCUACUGCAUGGAAUAUAAGCCUUCUCCUACCUGGACCCCCUAAGGAAUUCCCAACCAGGGAGAUGCAGAAUGCCUUGGUUAUUGGGAAAGUUCCAGUGCUCUUAAUGGGAUUUGCCUAUUAACUGGAAGAACUUCUCACCAACCCCACAUAGUAGCCAAAUGCCUGGGCACCAAGCUGGGUUGUGAGAAAGUAAAGGAGCAGUAGCUUGGGCCACAUCUCAGGCAAAUGCAUGUAACAUUCUUUUUGGGAACUCGCUGUAUUAGCUGCAGGGGCCAUGCAAACCCUGCUGCUAUGAAGUCAAUCUUUGCUUUUUCACAUACACUCUCAGGAUUUUACUCAAUCCCAAGGUAUAUACUGCACAAGAAUGACACUCUUUUUAAGAAAUUGAUUGUUAAAAAUGAACUAACUUCAUUUUGAUUACCCUUCUCCUACCCACUCCUAAUUGUGUUACAUUGUACACACCUAGACCAAGUCACGAGCUUAUUGAAAAUACUGUAUAGUUUUAGUGCAGACAGUAUAUGGAAUCAUCUGCAAUUUGCUGUCAACAAUAUUUUGAAGACCUAUGCAUGUUGGUAGAUUAGAUUCACUCUUGUAAUUGCUAUGUACACUUCCAUCAUAGGAUUCUACUACAUUUUAUUUACAUAUUUCUCUUGUGACAGACAGUAAGUCUUUUCAGUUUUUGCUAUGACAAAAUACAGGAACACUGUGUGUGUGCAUGAGUAUAAGUUUACGUAGGGUUAAUUUCUAGAAGUUGAAUUCGAGUCAGGAUAUUCUCUUUCUGCAUGUAAUAUGUAUAUGUAUACUAAUAGAUACUUCCAACUUGCUCUCCUGUACUACUAUUUUUUUCCGAGGUUCUUAAGUCUUAACAUUAUUUCUGUUUUAGUUUCAGUCAAACUAAUGACACCUGUGAAUCCACAGGUUUGAUGCACUAAUUAUGUAUUUUUCUAAUACAUAGUAAAAAGGCAUAACUUUCAAAACGAGAAAUUUUGUCCAUAUGUAACCAAAGAUGUAACAUACCACAGUGGUAUGUGUGCUAUAGUUUAAGAAAUGCUGGUAUAUACAGAAAAGCACAAUUGGGGGUCACCCUGGUCCAAACCAUGUCUGUAGUAAUUUGAACUCUUUACUUCACCUCUCAGAAACUCAAUUUCCUUACGUAGAAAAGGAGACAGUAUACAUCCACCUGUGGUGUCAUAUUUGUUGCAUAGAUCAUAACAGCUCUUUAAAGGCAGUGGCUACUUUUCUUCACACUUAUAGAUGAGGAAACUGAGUUCCAGGAAGGUUAAGUGACCCAGCUACUAGAUGAUAACAAGGUUUGAAUCCAGACUCUGAUUCAGUCUUGUGCUUUCUCCACUGUGAAGGAGUGGUUAUCAGCCUUGCUUUUGCACCAGCGAAUCACUUGUGAAAUCUUUUGUCUUUCCUUCUUAGACAUCAAAGCAAUAUAUACACAGAUUAAGAGGAAAAUAAUACAGAAGGGCUUAUAAUGAAAAAUAAUUCCAUGCUACACCCCAAGUCCAAAAAAUAUGGGGCUCCUUGUCCUGACCCUGGCCCUGCCCCUAGAAAUGUAAUUCAGUAGAUAUGGAUAAUAAUCUGUAUAACUCUUCCCUUCCGUACAGCCAUUAGAUACCUUGAACUCAGGCCUGGAGCUCAGGAACACGAGUGCUACAAAAGACUUUAAGUUCUGAAAAUCCGAGGGGUAAGGUGAUUUGCCCAUGACCCUGUUGUUCAGUGGCAGAACCUAGACUUCAGUUUGUAUCUCCUUUGUGUUUGCCUUUUGUUCCACACUGCCUGGUGUCAAUUCAAGGCAACACAUGCAUAAUGAAAGCUGUACUCGGGAGAGCAAGCACCAUUGUGUUUGCAUGAGCACGCUGGAUUUGAAUAGAAUUUGCAGGGCUUGUCAGAGGACACUAGUUGUUUCCCUUAUAUUAUCUUUAUUUUUAUUGGAUAGAGACAGCCAGAAAUUGAGAGGAAUGAGGAGAUCAGGAGAGAGACAGAAAGACACCUGCAGCCCUG